AUGAUAACAUCGUUUAUGACAAGUCAAUCAACUUCUGAAUCACAGACAGUGACUGUAACGGAAAGUUCAACUAGCCAAAUCUAUUCUACGGAAGUCGUCACUGGUAUUGAAACAAUGAGUAUAGGAACAUCGGAAAUACCAACCGAAUCGUCUACUGAACCAGAAACUGUCACCAUCAGUGAAGGGCCAGCUAGUCAAACUUCUUCAACGGCAACUAGUCCUGUCACUGAAACAGAAACAAUGAUAACAUCGCUUAUGACAAGUCAAUCAACUUCUGAAUCACAGACAGUGACUGUAACGGAGACUUCAACUAGCCAAAUUCCUUCUGCUGAACCGGUUGCUACAACUGAAACAGAAACAAUGGUAACAUCAGAAAGUGCAACUGAAUCGACGACAGAAUCACAAACUAUCACAGCAACUGAAGGAUCUAGUGGUCAAGCCUCUUCAACAGAAACAAUUGUUGGUACUGAAACGACAGCUGGAACAACAUUGGAAGCGGUGACUGGGUCGACGACUGAAUUCCAAACAGCAACUGUGACCCAAGUGUCUACUGUUGCAGUAUCUUCAAGUGAAGCAGCUACUGGAACUGAAGCAGAAAGUAUGGGAACAUCUGAAGCGGUAUCUGAAUCUACUAGUGUAUCACAAACAGCCACGAUGACUGAAGCAUCUACAAGGCAAUUAUACUCACUAGAAACAGUUCAAGAACAAUCGACAACGUCAGCAGAAACGGAAGCGUUCAGCCUAACAGAAACAUCGACAACUGUCUCAUUAUUUCCAAGCUCUACUGCAACAUCAUUGGUAACAGAAACUGUUCCAAGUGCUUCUGAAAGUACUACUGAAAUGUUAUCAAUUGAAACAACAUCUGUUUCUGCUGCAAAUACUUCGCAAAUAACCACUCAAGUACCGACAGAAAUGGAGACAACAGCGACUUCAAUUGAGACAACAACUAUUUCCGAAACAGAAUUCAAUGCCACUUCAACUACAACUACCGAAGGAACGGAAACAAUGUCAAUGUCUGAAUCGCAAUCGACAAUAACUACAGAAACAUCGACUGUAAUUUCAUCAAGUGUAGUCACUCAACCGUCAGUAGAAACUUCCCAAAUCAUUACAGAGUCGUCUACUGCGACUGUUGCAGCCGUUACCGAAAGUAUUCCUCCAAUGGAAACUACUGAAACUUCUGGAAUAUAUACAGUGUCUGAAUCUGAGAACACUUCAUCAUCAUUAACGUCAUCUACGAUGAGUACUACUGAGACUAGCAGUUCGACUACUCUUUCAAAUGAGCUAUCAACUGAAACUAUGUCUACAUCCGAAUCAAGUUCGUCAUCAUCGAUUACAUCAACCUCUGAAAGUUCUACUCAAGCGUUGGAAAGUACUGAAGGCACAGGCUUUUCCACAGUAACUCAAUCAGAAAUCUCAUCAUCGGCAACAACAACUGAAACCGGUACUACCAGUCAGUCAUCAUCUACAUCUACUUCUGUUGGUAUAAACAAUGAAACAUCAUUCACCGCACAAAUCGAAACUAGCACUUCUACUGAAUCUACGGUUACAACAAGCUCCACUGAAAUAACAACUCAAAGUUUUCAAAACGGUACAUUAUUUUUUCUUUAUUUUAACUAUAUGACGGGCAGGUCACGGAUGCGUCGACAGAUUUUUAUUGGCUCACCACCAUCAUCUACUAUCGAAAAUGAAGUAGCUUUAAUUCUGUCUGGAAUGAACAUAACUUGUAAUGACACGUGUAUACAAGUGAGCCAAACUAGUGUUGCACUUCCUGAUGUUGAAUAUUCAGUUACGUUAAAUGUAUUUCUCGAUAUUCCGCAACGUAUAGAACUUGUGAAUGGUUUCUUUACGAAUAAUGUUAGUUUAAAUGAUAGUUAUCGCUUGACUGUAAGAAUAAUUAUGAACUCAGCAACGACAGAUUUUCUAAAUUUCACAACAGUCACACCAGCAUGUAAAGAAUGUGAAUAUGCUUUCACAGGUAAUUGUACUGGCGACAAUACUGGAUGUGUAUGCUAUCCAAAUUAUGCGGGUCAAUACUGUCGAAAUUUUGUUCAAUCAACUACAAUUUAUUUGCCAACAUCCAUCACUCCUUUAACACUAUCAAGUGUUUCCAGUACUACUACAAUAAGCACGGUACAAACUAGUGAAAGUCUAACACAAAUUUCAAUUACAUUAACAGAAUCGACUGUAACUGAAAGUCAACUUUCUACCAAUUAUUCAACAUUUGCUCCCGUCACUAUAGUUAGUGAAACAAGUGGAACUGGAACAUCGUCGAUAGUUACAACAAGUCUACUAACUGAAAAUGUACAAUCUUCACAAGGAACUUCAGAAAGUAUGACAUCAGCAACAUUUUCAAGUACGAGUUCAACAGUAAACAACACAUUAUUCUCAAGCACAAUUGCACAAUCCAUAACACAGGGACAAACCACUGAAGCAACAACAACAAUAUCAACUGCGACCGCAGAAAUAGGAAGCUCAACUGUCUCGAUCACAAUGAGCAUAACAGCAGCAACAGGAACAUAUGGAAACACAACAUUAACCAUGACUACAGCAACUACUAGUACAAGAAUCACAUCAGCGACAGCUAUUACAACAGCAAUGGAGACAGUUGAAAGUACAACAUCAACACAAACACCAUCUACACCAAGUUCAAUAUCUACUCCCCUAGCCUCAUCAACAGCACAAACACAAACAGGCCAAACUACCAUAACUUUUAGAACAACCAUUUCAACAUUCGUGCCUACGACUCUUUCAACAGCACAAACCUCAACACAAACAGGUCAAAGUUCAACAACCAUUAGUUCGAGUACUGCAAGUACAGCUCGUAGCUCCGUUCAGACAGGAACAGUCGAAUUGACAACAGUAGGUACAGGAAUAACAGCUUCAACAACUACGUCCAUGACCGUACCAACAACAGCAACAGUGACAGUGGUCGUUCCAACGUUAACUAUCAGUGGAGGAACAACAAGCUUGAGCAGCGCAGCGACAAAUGUUACAGCAACAGGAAUAACUAGUUCAAUAACCAAUACAGAUACAUUCACUACUAUUUCAACAACACUUACAACUAAUACAACACAAAUGACUACUGUUACUAGCAUAUUGAUGUCAACAACUAUUUCAACUACUACAACCGCAUCACCACAAACUAUAACUGUCACCCCAGCGCCGAGUAUUCGUGAUCCAACUUUGCAAAUUUCUUCUUACGUAUUACCGGAUGCAAUGUAUUUUUUCGAACAAAGCUAUGAUCGUAUUUGGAUUACAAAUAAGGGUUACAUCAGUUUCGGCUCACCAUUUUAUAGUCAAACAAUGACACGUUUCAUAUUCGGACAACUUUACAACCAGGCUAUUGCAGCUCCAUUUUGGGCUGAUCUUGCGUAUGACAAUACUAACUCUGCUAUCACAGUUAACUGGUAUAGUUCAAUGAGUGCUAAUCAAACUGGUGCGAACACUUACAAUGCCAUUAUUCAAGCAGCAGUAUCUGAAGCAUGUCCAACACAAAGUUGUUCAUCGGAUUUUGCAGCAGUUCGAGUUGUUCGAAUCAGUUGGCAAAAUCUUUACUAUACUUCACCUGGCAAUAGUGCACCUAUAAGCUUGUCGUUCUCUGCAUAUCUGAUAAACACAUAUGAUGUGGGCUCUUAUAGUUAUCCAAUCCUUCGAUCAUAUCUUUCAUUUGACUAUACUAAUUUAACAAGAAAUCUAGGUUAUCUUAAACCUUUUGUCGGUUAUCGUGGAAAAUAUUCUAUAGUUCAAACUUUUAACGAUCCAUUUUUUUAUCAAAAUGCAUUAUUUCUAACACAAGCUUCACGAAGAAAUUUUUAUAUUGGAGGACGCUUUUUGACUCAAUGCGAAGUAAGCUCUUUACAAGAAACUAAUUUGAUUAAUUUGUAUCCGUCGGAAAAUUUAAAUGAUGAGGUAAAUAACCCACGAUUUCCAUGUCCAUGUUCACUUGGUCAAGCAAUAGCAGAUCGUCGUUUCAGUCGUUUAAAUAGUGAAACUAAUUACGAAAGAUUAAAAAGACUUGCUUGUUUUGGACCACUAAUUACUGUUUGGAUUCCUGUUGGAUUUAAUUUUAAGGCACUUAGAGCACAAACAUGUUGUUAUAGCGAAAUUAAUGGAGGUUUAAUUACCUAUGGUGAUCUUGCUGGCUCAGUACUCUCAAAUCCAUUUAUACUUUUUCAACAAUAUUCUUGGUUAAAACGAAUUGCCUUUCACGAUCAAUGUUGUUCAUCAACAAACUUUGGAGGAACUGCAAAUUGGAAUAUCUGUCGUCUUUAUUAUCAAAUUCAUCCACCAAGCAGUUGUACAGGAUAUCAACCACCUACUAUGGUUACCGGUAUUGGUGAUCCCCAUAUCAAUACUAUUGAUAAUGGGCGAUAUACAUGUCAUAUUCAAGGUAUUUAUGUAUUUGCUCAAACAAAUGAUAAUGCUACUGCAACUGCUCAAUAUAAUCGUAAUAACACUAGUACAUCUGGCAGUAAUCUUAUCUAUCCUGAUGAUUUAUUUCAAAUAUAUGUUCGUUCUGUAUCUAUACCACCAGCUUUAUCUUAUAUUGAACGAACACAAGGUGAUGCUUCGAUAUUUUCUAGUUACGCAAUUGUUGCUGGAAGUUAUACUUUUAAUAUUAGUAAUAAUGAUGGCAAAUUUGGUUUUGUUGCCAACAAUGGUUCAUCUAUUUUAUCACUUACCGAUAAUUUAGCAAGUAAUUUAAAUUAUGAUAAUGGAGAUUUGAUUAAUUACAAUGAUCGAUAUAUUUAUCGAGUACAACAAACAGUUGUAACUAUAGGAAAUAUAACUGUACCUCAAUUAACAUUUGCUCUUUGGUCUGGUCUUUCAAUGGAAUGUCGAAUUGUUAGUGAAAAUCUUGAUUGUAUUUUAUCAUUACCACAAAAAUACCAAACAUUUAUUGAAGGAUUAAUUGGUAAUUUUAAUGGAGAUUAUAGUGAUGAUUUAAUUAAUCGUCAAACAAGUCAAACAAUUCUUAUAUCACCUGCGGACAGUGCAACAUCUAUGAAUAAUGAUACAGAAGUUCUUCGAGCCUGUCUUUCAUGGAAAGUACCUAGUGAUACAACACCAAUUAUGACAAAUCCAAUAAUGCCGUCAUACUUAGUUUACACAUAUUAUAAUGAAUCUGCAGAUACUCUUGCAAGUUUAAAUCCACGUCUUAGUCAAUCUAUGAUUGAUCAAACAUGUUCAACAAAUUUCGAAUGUCGUCAUGAUUACAUCAUUCGAAUCAAUCCAAUAACUAGUGCUGCAACAGCUUCAUCAUUAAAUUCAUUUCAACAAUCAAGAACAAUAUUAGCUGAAAUCGUACCAACUAUCAACAUAUCCUCAGCUAUUAAAAUAGGAAUACCAUAUAAUGAUACGAAUCGUAUUUAUACAUUACCAAUUACUAUAACUGGUGCAAAAAGUACACUUGUAAAUAUUUCUCAAAAUGGUACUAUGAGCACUACUAGUUUUAAUAAUGUGUCGAUUAUGAUUCCAAUUCCGAAUGAUGCUACUAGUUAUGUUCAAGCUUUUUUGACUAUGAAUUAUGGCACAAAUUCUACAUUGAUACAGUAUUUGGAUAUCAUUGCUUGUUUAUGUAGAAAUACUAGUUAUUGUAAUUAUGAUGAUACAACAACAAUAUAUGAUAAUUAUGAACUUGCUGCAUGUCGUUGUCCAGAUCAAUAUGACGGAGUUUUUUGUCAAGAUUCAUAUAAUGGUUGCAAUGCGGGUAGUGCAUGUAAAAUUUAUUGGAAUAAUGAUACAACAUGUAGUCCAUUGAGUGCUGAUGAUCAAGUAAGACUAAAUCGUUCGUAUACUUGCAAUGGUACAUGUUCAAGUGGAUUUAAUUCAACUAAUAAUUACACAUGUGAUGAUAUUAAUGAAUGCCAACAAAAUUCAACUCUAUGUGGAAACGGUGUAUGUAUUAAUCUUAUUGGAUCAUAUACGUGUAAUUGUUCCACUGGUUAUCGAUUUGAAAAUAAAACAUGUGUUGAUAUAAAUGAAUGUAGAGAACCAAAUGUAGAUGGUACUUUUGGUGCUCGUUGUAAUACUACGGAUGUUUGUAUAAAUACAAUCGGUAAUUAUACAUGUCAAUGUAGUCCUAUUUUUAAUACAAAUGGAACUUGUGUUUUUGAUUCAAGUAAGUGUUCUGGUGAUACUUGCAGAGGUGCUAAUGGUACAAUAUUAUGUCUGCGGGGUACAAUCGAUAUAAAUAAUAGUUGUGUUCCUUGGUGUAAUUCAACAUGUCCUGGUUUUUGUGAAAAAAUGAAUGAUGUUUAUCAAUGUAAUUGUGGAAAAUCUCCUGGUUUACGACAUUCUGAAGAUGGAAAACAGUGUUUACAAUGCUAUGAUUCAAAUUAUGGUUAUGGUUGUAAUCAAACAUGUAAUUGUACGUAUGGUACUUGUAAUCCAAAUGCAACAAGUACAAAUGGAAGUUGUAUCUGCGAUAUUAGAUAUGAAGGAACAUUUUGUGAUAAACGUAUAGACAUAUGCGCACGCAGUAAUCCCUGCAAUAGUGUUUUGGAAGACUGCGUUACAGAUCCCGCGAAUGGAACUGCUAAUUGCAGUUGUAAGAGUGGUUAUCAAAGAAAUACGACAUCAAGUAAUUGUACAGAUAUCAAUGAAUGUGAAAGCCAACUAGAUCUUUGUAUUCGAGAUGUUUCAAGUUGUUUUAAUACUAAUGGAAGUUAUAGAUGUGAUUGUUUAAGCGGUUAUCAGCCUCUUAACGGUUCAUGUAUUGAUAUAAAUGACUGUAACGUGAAUCAGACAAUUUGUUCAGGCUAUAGUAACACAUAUUGUACUAAUACUCAAGGUUCAUAUGAAUGUCGAUGUAGUUCUAAUUAUUCAUUAGGAGGAAAUUAUUAUCAACAAUUUGGAAAUGCUCGAAAUUCAACUAGUUCAUGUUUACCAACAAACUAUUCAAUAUUCUGUGAAAAUCAAUGCUUGAAACCGGCUACAUGUAGUGAAAUAACAGGUCGAUGUCAAUGUCCUGCAAACUAUAGUCUUGCUAGUUAUAGUUUAAAUAAUACUCUACAAACAUGUCUAUGUCCAGGUCAUCCAUAUGUUUAUUUUAAUGGAACUGAAUGUAUUGCUAUAAAUGCUCCAACUGUGUUCACAGUUACUUUCAAUUUGACUUCAUCAGGUCGUUUUAUACUUAUCAGUCCAUUGAAUUCAUCUAAUAUAGAAACUAAUAUAUCCAGCUUUUUAUUAUCUAAUAUGAAUAUACAAUGUAAUGGAUCAUGUAUACAGAUAUACGAUACACAGACUGUUGCACUACCAGCUCGUCAACUUGUUAUUGCGUUAAGUGUUUUUCUUAAUAUUACACAACGAAUACUAUUUGCAAGAUAUUUGUUCAAUACUCAGAAUCUCUUAAAUGCUAGUUAUUCCACAAUAUUUGUACAAGCAAUUAUGAACACAAAUACAAAUGUUACACUUAAUAUAUCAAAAGCUCCAGAGUUGUGUGAAGAAUGUGUCUAUCUGGGAAUAGGUCUUUGUUUACCAAAUGGGACCGAUUGUCUAUGUACUGGUAAUUAUGGAGGAUAUUUCUGUCGAAACCUUACUACAACAACAACUGCUGUUUUAACACAAACAUUAUCGGAUAGAAAUUGGACAAUUAUUAUUGCUUGUGUCAGUGCUGUAGCUGGUCUUUUCUUAAUAGUUUCUAUUGUUAUGUGUGUAUUCUUUUGCAUAAAACAAAGAAAUACACCUGCUACAGGCAUUAAAUCACUACCGAAUCGUCAACAAUUUACAAUACCCCGUGCUCAUUUUCCAACCGUGGGUACUAUUAGUCCUAAUCUUUUGGACGAUUUUAGUCUUGAUAAUACAAAUGAUGAAUCAUAUGUCGAUGCAUCCGAUUCAUUACCAUCAAGUUCAAAUACAACAUAUAAUACAACAUAUCGUGCAAAUGGAAAUCGUCCUGAAGCUGACUUUGGUAUCUUUGAUGAAUUAGAAAAUCGUAUACCUUUAUCAAAAGGUCAAAUACCACGACCACAAAUGCUUGAUAUGAUGGGUACAUUAAAUAGUUUACCAGCUCAAGAACGAUUUGAUGGACCAUCAGGAGCAGCUAGUACAUUUUCAGAUAGUCGAGAUCUUGAUGAUAUUGAAUUUGUAACAGAUAUGGUUGAUGAUAUGACUAAAGAUGAUGAUAUGGAAGAUGAAUUUGUUGAAGCAUUAAAUCCAAAUUUAGCGAUGCCAAGAUCAGCUUUACGACCAGAAAUGAAAUCAUCAGGAUGGUUUCCAGUAAGUUAA